AUGGACUCCCCGACCACCCCGUUUUCUGCCAGCCAGCUCACAGAGCACAGACUCAGCAAUUCCUGUUGUCAGAUCCAAGACGAGUUCCUCUCUGUGACACUCCCUGUGAUUUACUCCCACAUCUUCAUCAUUGGGCUGCUCAGCAACGCCCUGGCACUCUGGGUGUUCUUGUGUGGCGUGCAGCGCAGGACCUCCAUCACCGUGUACAUGAGGAACCUGGCGCUCUCUGACCUGCUGCUCUCCCUCUGCCUGCCCUUCCGCAUCGCCUUUCAAAGCAAAAGCGAGCCUCUGAUCUUCUGCAACAUCGUCGGGGCCUUCUUCUACCUCAACAUGUAUGUCAGCAUCACAUUCCUCAGCCUGAUCAGCCUUGAUCGCUACCUGAAGAUCAUCCGGCCCCUGCAGAAAUUUAGGAUUCACACUGUAUCCUGUAGCACCAUGGCCUCUGGGGUGGUUUGGUUGGUGCACACAGCGUUCAUGCUGCCUUUCUUUUUUGAGACAGGAGGAAAAGGGCCCUGUGACCAUAAAUGCUUCCACUUCAGGAGCAAAAGCACCACAGCAGCAGCUUUUAACAUGGUCGCAGUAGCCACUUUCUUCAUCCUGCUGCUGCUCUUCCUCUACUUCUACAGCAAGAUAUUUGCCAAGCUCCAUAGAGUCUCCUCAGUGAAAGCUCAGCAGCUGAAGAGGACCAGCAUGAGAGCCAUCACCAAGACCUUCAUAGUCCUGGUCAUCUUCAUUGUAUGCUUCACCCCCUAUCACGUUGUCCGCAUUCCUUACAUCCUUGCACAAGUGGGGGCCAUUUCUAGUCUGCCCUGGAAGCAGGGUCUCCACCUCGCUAAUGAGCUUGUGCUCUGUAUCUCAGCCCUCAACAGCUGCCUUGACCCAGUCAUCUUCUUCUUCUUGUCCAGCAGCUUCCGGAGGGCUGUGCUCUGCACCAUCCAGGGCAGGCUGAAGAGACCUCUCCUAAGGAACUAG